AGAUCCAAAAUGGCCGCGUUGUUGUUUUGAUGAAUAAUACUUUGUGUUUGUUUCAUUCUUUACAGAAAUCGACCUGAAAAGCAUUUUUUUUAAAAAAACCAACGAAUUAUACUCAUUUAUUUUUUUUAAUAUAUAUAUACACAGAUAUAUCCCACCACGAGAAAGACGUUGGAGCUGUUUUUCCCAUUACGGCCGGUCUAAAGACUAUGCACUUUUGAUCAUUUUAAAUUGCAAGAGAGGCAGAUAGUGAAAUUAAAAAUUAAAAGAAAGGCGAUGGAAGAACUCAGUGCCGAUGAGAUCCGGAGGAGACGGCUCGCCCGGCUGGCAGGAGGGCAGACCUCGCAGCCCAGCACCCCCCUCAGCACCCCCCUGACCUCCCCUCAGAGAGAGACCCCGCCGGGGGCCCCCCCAGGUCCCUCGGGGGCCGUGCUGCAGCCCCCACCGCCUGCGCCGUCGAACAGCCUGGGGCUGGCCGUCCACAGCGUCACCCCGGCCACGUCGCCCGUUGGGGCUGCAGGGGUGCCUUAUCGGAGCCAGAGCAGUGAAGGGGUGAGCUCUCUCAGCAGCUCCCCAUCUAACAGCCUUGAAACUCAGUCCCAGAGCCUCUCCCGGUCGCAGAGCAUGGACAUCGACAGCGUCUCCUGUGAGAAGAGCAUGUCCCAGGUGGAUGUUGACUCAGGAAUUGAAAACAUGGAGGUGGAGGAGAGUGAUCGCAGAGAGAAGAGAGGCCUGGGUGACAAGGAGUCUUCCUCGGGGUCGGAAGUGUCGGAGGAACAGGCGCUUCAGCUGAUCUGCAAGAUUUUCCGGGUGUCCUGGAAAGAGCGAGAUCGGGACGUCGUUUUCCUCCCUUCGCUUGCUGCCGAGUUCAGACAAAACCCGAAAGACGUCUGCUCCGGCUUCAAGGACUUGAUCAGCCAGAUCCUGAUGGAGGUACUCAUGAUAUCGACCCAGGGGAGGGACGACAACCCCUUCGCCAGCCUGACUGCCACGUCCCAGCCAAUCGCAACCGCCAAAUCCCCAGACCGCUACCUGGUGCUGAACCCUUCCUCCAGUCAGGGCAGCAGCCCUAUGUUCGCCUCCGCAGGCUCGUUUGGCGCCAGCUCGUUAUCCAGUCUGUAUGGCUCUAGUCCGAGCCCGCAGGCCUUGAGCCCUGCUAGGAUGACGGCUCCACCUCCGCUGGCCUCCCUGCCCCCCUCUCCAGCCCCCCCGCUGGCGCCCCCCAGCCCCUCUCCCUCCCGCUUCUCCCCUGGGACCCCAUCAGCACCCCUACCCAUUUCUCCAAGGUGGCGCCCCUACUCCCUCUCUGCCCCCUGGGCUCCCCCCCCCACCACCUCCUCCUCCUCCUCCACCUCGCCCAGCCCCAGGUCCAGCGCUGUGGGGCUCCCUGCCCCCCCCAGCCCCCAGCCCGCCCCAGCGUCCUCCCCUCGGCCUCUCCGUCCCUCCUCCAUGCCUCUUCCCCUGGUGCCCAGCUCUCCCGGCGCCGUGCCCGGACGUGCCGCCCGCGUUCCCAGGAUUCCCUCUAGUUUCUACGACAGCCCCUUCCCCCUCCUCUUCUUCGCCCUCUCCGACGUCUCUGAGGACAGCAGCGACGAAGAGACGGAGGAGGAGGAUUUUUCUAGGGUGCAGUUUGGGUCCAGCCUUGGCGCGUCUGGUGGGGGCGGAGCUUCAGAUUCUGCCAGUGAUCGUUUCACCAUUGAGCCGUGCAAAGAGACAGAGAUGCUGAAUUACCUCAUGGAGCGCUUCGACAGCGUGGGCAUGGAGGAGAGGAAGGCUCCGAAGAUGUGCAGUCAGCCAUCUGUUAGCCAGCUGCUAAGCAACAUUAGAUCCCAGUGUAUUUCCCAUGCUGCUUUGGUGUUACAAGGCAGUCUCACACAGCCAAGGUCUUUGCUGCAGCAGUCAUUGUUAGUACCCUACAUGCUGUGCCGAAACCUACCUUAUGGCUUCAUACAAGAGCUCGUCAGAAUGACUCACCAGGAAGAUGAUGUUUUCAGACAGAUCUUCGUACCUAUACUCCAAGGCCUGGCUCUGGCAGCGAAGGAGUGCUCCUUUGACAGCGACAAUUUUAAGUAUCCCCUUAUGGCUUUAGCUGAGCUGUGUGAAAUUAAGUUUGGGAAGACUCACCCAGUCUGCAACUUGAUCACCUCCCUGCCCUUGUGGUGUCCAGACCCCCUGAGCCAGGGCACAGGCAGAGAGAUCCAGAGGCUGUCCUACAUCGGAGCCUUCUUCAGCCUGUCUGUCUUUUCGGAAGACGAUCCUAAAAUAGGAGACAAGUAUUUCUCAGGACCUGCCAUCACCCUUGAAAAUACCAGAGUUGUCAGUCAGUCUUUGCAACAUUACCUGGAAUCAGCACGGGGCGACCUGUUCAAAAUCCUGCACAAUAUUUUGCUCAACGGCGAGACCAGGGAAGCAGCGCUGAACUACAUGGCAGCUGUGGUCAACCGCAAUGUUAAGAAGGCUCAGAUGCAGACGGAUGACAGGCUGGUGUCCACGGACGGCUUCAUGCUGAACUUCCUGUGGGUGCUUCAGCAGCUGAGCAUGAAGAUCAAGCUGGCGACGGUCGACCCCUUUUAUAUCUUUCACCCCAGGUGUCGCCUGAACGUCACCACCGACGAGACGCGGCUCAAGGCCACCAUGGAGGACCUGAAGAGCUGGCUGGAGGAGCUCUACAAGGAUCCGUCUAAGUUUUCCGAGCCAAAGUUCCCCACAGAGUGCUUUUUCCUGACGCUGCACGCCCAUCACUUGUCCAUUCUGCCUGGUUGCCGGCGCUACAUCCGAAGACUGCGGGCCAUCAGAGAGCUGAACAGGACGGUGGAGGAGCUGAAGAACAGCGAGAGCCAAUGGAAGGAUUCCCCGCUAGCCACCAGACACCGGGAGAUGCUAAAGAGGUGCAAAACCCAGCUAAAGAAACUGGUGCGCUGUAAGGCUUGUGCUGAUGCCGGGCUGCUGGAUGAGAACCUGCUGCGGAGGUGCCUGCAGUUCUAUGGCAUGGUCAUCCAGCUGCUGCUGCGCAUCGUCGACCCCGCCUACCCCAGCGUAACCCUACCACUGAACCCGGAGAUCCCCAAAGUGUUUGCUGCGCUGCCUGAGUUCUACAUCGAAGACGUGGCGGAGUUUCUGCUCUUUGUUGUGCAGUAUUGCCCCCAGGUUCUCUACGAACCCUGCACUCAGGACAUCGUGACCUUCCUCAUCGUGUUCAUCUGCAGCCAGAAUUACAUCCGCAACCCCUACCUGAUCGCCAAGCUGGUGGAGGUCCUGUUCGUGACCAAUCCCGCCAUCCAGCCGCGCACACAGCGCUUCUCGGAAAUGAUGGAGAACCACCCCCUCUCGAUCAAGCAGCUCGUCCCCGCGCUCAUGAAGUUUUAUACAGAUGUGGAACACACAGGAGCCACCAGCGAGUUCUACGACAAGUUCACCAUCCGCUACCACAUCAGCACCAUCUUCAAGAGCCUGUGGCAGAACAUUGCUCACCAUGGCACUUUCCUGGAGGAGUUCAACUCAGGGAAGCAGUUUGUUCGCUACAUCAACAUGCUGAUCAACGAUACCACCUUCCUGCUGGAUGAGAGCCUGGAGUCUCUGAAACGCAUCCAUGAGGUCCAGGAGGAGAUGAAGAACAAGGAGCAGUGGGACCAGCUGCCGCGGGAGCAGCAGCAGAGCCGGCAGUCCCAGCUGACGCAGGAUGAGCGAAUGUCCCGCUCCUACCUUGCUCUGGCCACGGAAACGGUGGACAUGUUCCACAUCCUCACCAAGCAGGUCCAGAAGCCGUUCCUGCGGCCUGAACUUGGACCACGCUUAGCUGCCAUGCUGAACUUCAACCUUCAGCAGCUGUGUGGGCCUAAGUGCCGUGACCUUAAAGUGGAGAAUCCGGAGAAAUAUGGUUUUGAACCCAAGAAGCUGCUGGAUCAGCUGACCGACAUAUAUCUGCAGCUGGACUGCGCGCGCUUUGCCAAGGCUAUAGCUGAUGAUCAGCGGUCCUACAGCAGAGAACUCUUUGAAGAAGUUAUUUCCAAGAUGAAAAAAGCUGGCAUCAAGUCCACCAUCGCUAUAGAGAAAUUUAAGCUGCUCUCCGAAAAGGUUGAAGAGAUAGUUGCCAGGAAUUCGCAAUCAGAAAUUGACUACAGCGAUGCGCCUGAUGAAUUUAAAGAUCCCCUAAUGGACACACUGAUGACUGACCCAGUGCGAUUGCCCUCUGGCAACAUCAUGGACCGGACCAUCAUCCUGCGGCAUUUACUCAACUCUCCCACUGACCCCUUCAACAGGCAGCCCCUGACCGAGAACAUGCUGGAGUCGGUGCCCGAGCUGAAGGAGCGGAUCCAGAUGUGGAUGAGAGAGAAGCAGCAGAGCGGGCAGCAGUCGCUGUGAGGGGCUCCUGGGCACCAUCGAUGGGCAUGAUUACCACUCCAGGUCCCGAAACCCAAUGAUGUGAAGAUGAAGAGAGACCUGAUUGAUUUGACAUUUCUUUCUUUUUUUAAGUUGUUUUUUUGUUUUCAGGACGGAGGUCUUUAAGACUUACAUUUCUCUUGCAGGUAAUGAAAGAAUAAAGUAUAGACUUUUAAAAUGGUUUUGUUCAUGGCUUUAUGUAUAUAUGUAUUUAAAUUUAAAGAGAUAUACAAAAGGUGCAGGAUCAGAUGGCAAGACUGAUGUUUUGAAGGUUUAAAGGCCUGUUUAGCAAGGUAAACCAGAUGUGGGCGGCAGCAAAAAAGCUUUAUGAUCAUUUUACUGUAUUUUUACAGUAUGUCCGCUUUGAUAUUUUUAAAUUUUGUUUUUUAUUAAUUUCAGAAGAGGUGUUUUUGCCUGAAAUAUUUUAUGCUAGUCAGGUAGUCCUUUAUUUCCUGCACUAUGUAGUGUUACUUAAACCAAAGUGAACAAGAAAGGUCCAUCUUUUUAAAAGCCAAGAGACAGGGGUGCUCUUCAGUGUUGGUGGACACCACACAGCUUUCUCUUUCGAGCUCCUGCACUGAGAUUGCUGGACCUCAGGCUGAGUGCAAGUCAUACAGUCCUACUGUCAGAUUUUUAACGUGUGUAUUUAGGACUGGAACUAACCGUGCUAUUCUAUGUUUUAGAAAAUUGUGAGUAAAGAUUGGGUUGCCUAGACAGUGUUUUAAAAUCGUAACAAUGAGCGUACCUUGAUUUUGGAAAAAGUGGCAAGAGUUUAGGUAAUGCUUCUUUCUGGGGGAAUACCAUCGUCAAAUGUGUGACACCUAAACCAAUGUGUCUCAGUUGCCUGUCAUGCACAAUGAAGUUAAAGAUGUGAUGUGGAAGGCAGCUGGAUUCCUUGUGCAGGCUAUUGUUAGUCAUCCACCUACGCCUGUCACCAUGUGAAAGCUGCAGAAACGGAGUGGUUGCACUUGGAUGAUUUACUUCAAGGCUUCUGAAGGUUUUUGUUAGUUUUUUUUUAAAUGCUGCUCUUUGACCCUGAGCUUCGAACAUUCUUCUGAAGUACAAAUGAUUUGUAAUCAUAUUUUAAAGAUACAGCUGUACAGAAAAUUGUCAUUUGCCACAGGCUUUGUUUUGGGAUUUCCAGACUUCAGAUUCUAAUAAAUGGUAAUGCACACUUGGACAAA